CAAAGUUCUUCAUCCCGAAGUACUUUGGGCACAACGAGCAAACGAACUUUAUAUUACUAUAAGUUUAACCGAUGUCAAAGAUCCUAAAAUUAACGUAACUAAGGAUAAGCUUUCCUUUGAAGGAGUUGGAGGAACAGAACAAAAGUUGUACGGGUUUGAACUGGAACUACAUAAGGAAAUUAAUCCGGAGUUUCUAGUUGAUCUCAGCAAUUUAACUCGGUUUGACAAUUUGAUUCAAUGCAUCUUAGACUUCAAAACGCUCACAGACUGCGCGUUCCAUCUUCAUUGUCCUUUACAAAGUGGAGAAUGGUUACUGGCCACGUUUGCAGAAAGAGAAAGCUCGGCACCGGACCCAUUGGGUGGAAUGGAUUUUUCUAAUCUGAUGGGCGGUGAUUCUGGUCAAAAUAAUCCACUUGAUGUAAGUUUAAGUAGUUGCAUUAUGCUUUUGAUAACAAUCUAA